AUGUCCAACCAAACGGGCAAGGCGAUGCCGAGCUACAAACAUGCAAGGCAUAUCUCAUCAUUGAUGAAGGAGCCGCUGAUUGAGAGCACAAUCGAGGACCAGGAGCCGCUUCAUCCUCCAGCUCGACCGAGACAUGCUUCGAUUUCGAACAGCAAUCUGAUUCACAAGCAUGCAAGACACAUCUCGUCGCUCAUGAAGCCAUUGCCCGCGGACGCAUCAAUCACCACAACGGAUGAUUCGAAGUCUGAGCAACCUUCAGCUGCACAAGCCAAGUCUACGCCUCUGUCCAGUAUUGCUUACAGUAUCUGGCCAAUUCCGCAUGUGAACUAUGAGAAUAUUUCAGGUCGACUGUCAAAGCCUUUUGGACACCACUCCAACUACCAUGAUCUGGAGAACAACUCGAUCGCUUCGUCCCGGGAGAAGAUCCCCAGCGUAAACGUCACCCCUGCCUCUAGCAUCGAAGGUAUCUUGCCUUUGAUUGAGGAUCAACUCGGUAGCGAAUGGAUUCCUAGGAUGCUUCGGCCAAGGUUCAGCUUUACCCUUGCGACUUCAUUUGCUGGGUUGUUCCUGAUGCUGGAGCUGUUAGACAUCCUGGACCGGAAACGCGACGGAUUUGCGACUUCGUCCGGUAUUGCAUCCUUUGUCAACUACCUACCUAGCAUGAUAGUUGUACUGUUGGCUUUAUUUUGGGAAAUGGUGUUAAAAAACCUGAAGGAAGUUGGCCCCUGGUCGCUUAUGGCUAUGCGCUGGACGAGAGCUGAUGAAGGAUUGUAUUCCGUCAACUACAUUGAUACUCUUGACUUCAGGGGAUUCCUAAUGUCUGUCAAGCUCCGCCAGUUUGGUAUAACUCUGGGCUAUACUGGUGCUAUCCUGUGUGGUGCUCUUGUGCCUUUCGCCAAUACCCUAUUCUUCACGGAUCCAAUACCCCGGAUGAUGACGACACCGAAUAGCCUAUUCAGGACUUCUCAACUGCUCGUAAAUGAUACACUUACCGGAGUCAAAGCCUCUGGACGAAACUCUGCAGCAUUCGAUCCACAGUCAUUCAUCAACUACAUGGCUAUUCAGAAGGAGAAUUUUGCAUUACCUACUUGGACAAUUGAACAACGUGCUCUCGAAAGCUUCAACUUGACUGCAUCUUCGUCAGCCCAACUUUUCUCGCGGGAGGAAAAUAUCACCUUAUCUGCCACUACCAGUGCAUUCAACAUUAACGUCACGUGUGAUCCGAUAUCUUGGGUGCUUUCUGAUGCUGUUGCUAACUCGAAUUCAUCCCUCACUCAAACUCGGCUUGUGCCAGACCUCGAGGAUCUCAGCAAAGCCAAUUGCACCAUUCGUCCACAAGACUAUCCACAGCUCUCGUUUGACCCAAGGAACCUGACUGCCUGGUUCAACUAUACGACGUGUGGAGACUACCAAUGCCCCGGAUAUUCAGCUGAUGACUCUCCCACCAACCCUCCAAACUGUGGGGAUCAACAAAGUGCCGACCUUCGUUUGGUAUUGAAUGUGUGGAAUCCUGAGGUUUUCGAUGGAAAUUUAUUAUCUCUUCCCAAUGAAUCUGCAGCUAUUCCAUCUCUUCUGUGCAAGAUUGAGAUGUUCACCGAUGAGUAUCAUGUCCAUGUGGACGCUCGUAAAGGAAGGUUGAUUGAUAUUGCACGCGCCCCGAUUUCUUCCAGGAAGUUGUCAAUCAAAAACCAAGAGUCUAUUGUUCUCAAGAUCAAUCAAUACCUGAAGCAAAAUACCGAGGUGUUCGGCGAUGGUCCGGAUGAGAAUGACUUUCGCUUUCCAGUGGAAGUGUUUCUGGACGAGCCCUUAUCUGAACCGGUGUUUUGCAACCCAUCCGAAUACUUUAAGAAUUCGGAGAUGGAGUACUUUCCUGGCGCUGUAAGGCCUAGUUCGGACUUCACGACUGCAGUCGGAAUUGAUCGAUUUAUCCUCAUGAUGUCGCAAGGAAACAAUCUCCGCAUUGCAAAUUACGCCAAGGACAUCACAGAAAUGCAGAAGGACAUGUCAGGCCUGCUUCAGGGGCUUGUCUCUCAGAUCGUCAACGUAGAAUACCGCUACGGAGAUGCUGUUGAGAUGGAAGGUCUGGUGAUGGUCUCGGCAACCAUCAUGCACCUCAGACAGGUCUCGUUGCGCACUCUGCAGGUUAUCAUGACAUUGAUGACCGUUAUCACCAUACUCACGAGCACAAAGUUGAGACCGAGAACUCACCUGCGAACCGAUCCAAGAAGCCUCGGUGCAAUGGCUAUGUUGCUUUCUAGAAGUGAUACGAUCGAAAAACUGCUCAGGGACACAGGCGGAUUGUCAGAACGUUCGUUUCUUAGCCAAUUGAGCGGGCAGUACAUCAGGACGACGUUAGAAGAUGGCCGUACCAUUUUGGAACUCCAGGAUAGUCAACGGUAUUCGAAAAUGUUACACUCCCUCAAUAAGCGCAGAGACUCGACGCCAACCCCGUGGCAUCAUACAGCUCUCCUUUUGACUUAUCGAACUGUAUUGCUUGGGGCCAUUGCCUUCAUGAUCCUGAUACUUGGGAUCUCCUGGUGGCGCAGCGAGAAAACCGCGGGCAUCGCGCCAACGAGCGGCGAGGGAAAUCAUCCCAUCAUUUACUUUAUUCCCAUACUACUGGUGCUCUUGACAUAUGCAGUCUCCGCUGUUGAUGGGCCUGUCCAAUGUAUGCAGCCGUAUAUUCAAGUUGCAGCAAAAUCUUUAAAGCCGAAAGCUGGGCUCGACUUCAGUCCCAUUACAUACUCCCCCUUUACAACCGAUUACCGAUCACUGAAGCAUUCUCGAAACAGCCUGUCCUUUCUCACCCUAGGUCUUCAUUUGCUUGUGCCUGCUAUCAAGGUCGCCGUUGCAAGCUUGCUCUUCAACGCACUACGGCAAUCCUUUAUACCGACGUUGGUACCGAUAGAUUCUAGCCUUGUGAGUAAUCUUGAUACCUACAAUCUCACAACCCUCCAAAAUUCGGGCGCCCAAGAAGAAAUACUGCGCUCCAGAGCCAUGACGCUUAUCCAAUCAUCCGCCGAAUUCCUCGUGAAAACCUCUCCAGUGGGACUCGUGGAUGGAUUGGUAUUCAGCAACGUCACAAAUCGCAUUAGCAACGAAGAAAUCGACUCAAUUCUUGAUACUGGGUCAGAUAUGAACAUACGCAUCCCUGCCAUACAAGUGACACCGGCCUGCAGAUUUUUUGGGACCUCUGACUACCGCAACAUGACUCCUUCGGGAGAAGUUGACGGCAAUCCAACAAUCGACAUCAUUUGUGACACUGGGCUCGGGCUCGCGAGAUGUCCAAGUCAAGCGGUGGACAGAAUGUUUACGGGUACAUCUUCGAGGAACUCAACCGACGAAACCUCUUAUUUUUGGAAUCGAGAUUCACUCGUCGGCUCGCCUAAUUCGGAGAACACACCUGACAGUCCCGAAAUCGUGGGAUCCGAGGUAUUCCAGAACGUAACCACAUUCCUCUUAGCGAAGGCCAACCAAGCCGACUCCACAGUACCUGGCUUUGAAAUAACAAACAUUGCCAGUUUCUGGUGUAACAUAAAAUACACGGCAAUUGACAUCAAUGUGACAGUGAGCCGUCCGCGAAGAGCCGCCCUGGGUAUUCAGCGAACAUUGCCAUUGGUGGUCAAAAGCUAUGAUGCGAACUCCAUUACCCCGAUCUUGGACCAAGCAGCAUACAACAUCUCCCAUUUGAACUGGACCAAUAUCAAUGACCUUUCUAGCCUUCGCAGCAUUCGGCCUCUGAACGGCAGGAAUCUCUUAUACAGCAUUAUCAAAAGAUGGAACCCCAGAGUUACGGACGACGACUUCGUCAAAUCACCCAGACUACUAGCCCAGGGAGGUAGCAAAGUGCUGCGGUAUUUCGCGGCCGUUAUGAUUGAUCAGUCUCGACCGUUCGUCGAAGCAAUGAGUGCAGCGCAGAGCCAAGCUGCCAUCCCGGAAGCCCAAGUGCAGACUGCUCGUCUAAGAUUGAUUCAGAGCAAAGGAACCACGAUCACACUCCAAUCCUUGCUUGGGGCUUUAAUAUUCUGUAUCCUCGUUAUGGGGUUCGGCGUGAAUAGCAAGAAGAUUACACUCUUCAAAGCCCCCAGCAGCAUCGGCUCACAGAUCGGCCUCGUGGCUGGAAGCGAACUUGUGCGAAUAGCGAGGGACGAGGACAUUAGGAGGAAGAACUUCGGUGACGAAAUAACUGGGAAGAUUGGUGAGGAUGCUCUCUGGCGUGCAUGGGAUGGCUUUCUGGUCAAUCUGGGCUGGUGGGAGCGAUCGCAAGCUCGGAGUGUCAACCUGGCAAGAUCUGAACUCGAAGUCGACACUUUUAUUCGAGGGGGAAAUGUUGACCGUGGCGAGAAACGCUUUGGCAUUGAUGUUGGCGAAGCUGAAAGAAAUCCAUAG